UCCUGGAUGAUGAGGUGCGUAAAGAGGCGCCAACGCACCGCACCGGGCUGAGGGAGCUAAUGACCAGACCAGACAGACAGACCCUCCACUAGAAAAUCCACGCAGCGUCUCCAAGCGAGGAAUACCAUGAAGAGAAGCACCGGAUUGAGGAGGAAAGAUUCACCUGCAGACGACUGAGUGAAGAGGCAGGAUGGCGGGGGGUCGGAGGGGACUUGUGGCCCCUCAAAAUACUUUUUUGGAGAAUAUUGUCAGACGGUCGAACGUUUGGACACUAUCACAUAAACAGACAGAUACCAACUUUGUCCUGGGAAAUGCUCAGAUAGUGGACUGGCCAAUAGUCUACAGCAACGAUGGUUUCUGCAAGUUGUCAGGAUACCACAGAGCUGAAGUGAUGCAGAAAAGCAGCACCUGCAGCUUCAUGUAUGGGGAGCUAACGGACAAGGACACGACGGAGAAAGUGCGGCUGACGUUUGAGAAUUAUGAAAUGAAUUCAUUUGAAAUACUCAUGUACAAGAAAAACAGGACGCCUGUUUGGUUUUUUGUGAAGAUUGCUCCUAUUCGCAAUGAACAAGAGAAAGUGGUCCUGUUUCUGUGCACGUUCAGUGAUAUCACAGCCUUCAAACAGCCCAUUGAAGACGAUUCCUCCAAAGGCUGGGGGAAGUUUGCUCGACUGACUCGAGCUCUCACCAGCAGUAGAGGCGUGUUACAACAGCUGCAGCCCACAGUUCACAAAGGAGAAAAUGUCCACAAGCACUCCCGCUUAGCUGAGGUUCUGCAGCUCGGCUCUGAUAUUCUACCUCAAUACAAGCAGGAGACCCCCAAAACCCCUCCUCACAUCAUCCUGCACUACUGCCUCUUCAAGACCACCUGGGACUGGGUCAUCCUCAUCCUCACCUUCUACACGGCCAUCAUGGUGCCCUACAACGUCUCCUUCAAGACGAAGCAGAACAACGUCACGUGGCUGGUGGUGGACAGCAUCGUGGACGUCAUAUUCUUGGUGGACAUCGUUUUGAAUUUCCACACCACAUUCGUAGGACCCGCGGGCGAGGUCAUCUCGGACCCCAAACUGAUUCGAAUGAAUUACUUGAAGACCUGGUUUGUUAUCGAUUUACUCUCCUGUCUGCCAUAUGAUGUCAUCAACGCCUUCGAAAAUGUGGAUGAGAAUUGGAACCACCGAGCUGUCACUCAAGGGAUCAGCAGUCUGUUCAGUUCUCUGAAGGUGGUCCGACUUCUCCGUUUGGGUCGGGUUGCCCGUAAACUGGACCACUACAUUGAAUAUGGGGCGGCGGUGCUGGUCCUCCUGGUGUGUGUUUUUGGGCUGGCUGCCCAUUGGCUGGCCUGCAUUUGGUACAGCAUCGGUGACUAUGAAGUUAUCGAUGAGGAAACCAACAUUGUGCGCACAGAUAGCUGGCUCUACAUACUGGCUGAGACUGUGGGUACUCCAUACCGCUUCAACGCCAGUGGCUCUGGGAAGUGGGAGGGCGGCCCCAACAAGGACUCGGUCUACAUCACGUCUUUGUACUUCACCAUGACCAGCCUAACGAGUAUCGGCUUCGGGAACAUCGCCCCGACGACAGAUGGGGAGAAAAUCUUUGCUGUGGCUAUGAUGAUGAUUGGAUCGCUCCUUUAUGCCACUAUCUUUGGUAACGUGACCACAAUUUUCCAGCAGAUGUACGCCAACACAAACCGUUACCACGAGAUGCUAAACAGCGUCCGGGAUUUCCUCAAGCUCUACCAGGUGCCCAAAGGUUUGAGUGAAAGGGUCAUGGACUACAUCGCAUCGACCUGGUCCAUGUCACGGGGCAUAGACACAGAAAAGGUGUUACAGAUUUGUCCUAAGGAUAUGAGAGCAGAUAUAUGCGUUCAUCUCAACCGUAAAGUUUUCAAAGAGCACCCGGCUUUCCGACUGGCCAGCGAUGGCUGCCUCAGAGCUCUGGCCAUGGAGUUUCAGACCAUCCACUGUGCGCCUGGAGACCUGAUCUACCACGCAGGGGAAAGCGUGGACAGCCUCUGCUUUGUGGUGUCUGGAUCGCUGGAGGUUAUUCAAGAUGAUGAGGUGGUGGCUAUUUUAGGUAAGGGGGAUGUGUUCGGUGAUGUUUUCUGGAAAGAGGUGACUCUGGCCCAAGCCUGCGCCAACGUCCGAGCUCUGACCUACUGCGACCUCCACGUCAUUAAACGUGACGCUCUGCAGAAGGUGCUGGAGUUCUACACGGCUUUUUCCAACCACUUUUCCAGAAAUCUGCUGCUCACGUACAACCUGAGAAAGAGAAUCGUCUUCCGAAAAAUCAGUGAUGUGAAAAGAGAGGAGGAGGAGCGGCAGAGACGUAAAAAUGAAGCCCCUCUAAACCUGCCGCCGGACCACCCAGUCCGAAAACUCUUCCAGCGUUUCCGUCAGCAGAAGGAAGCCCGGCUGCAAACUGAGAAACCAGACCUGGAUGAGCAUGACAUCGAGAAAGGCCAGGUGUACGUCGAGGCCUCUGUAGCUAAAACCACCAUCGCCACCACCAGCAUUGUCACCGUGACAGAAAGCCCGGCGACGCCCUCAUCUUCAACGCCAUCAUCAUCAACACCCCCCACCUCAGAGAAGGGGAAGCUCCAGGUGCCACCUCCUGUUUCCCUCGUGGGGUGUCGCACUGCUGAACCGGUCAAAGUCAAAGGCUGGGGUCGUUUCAAAGAGUCCAUGGCCAAAGCCGACAACUGGAACAAAGUCUCCAAAGCCGAAUCCAUGGAGACUCUGCCUGAACGGUCCAAGGUACACGACUCGCAGACCUCUUUAAAGAAGACAGACUCAUGUGACAGCGGUAUCACCAAAAGUGACCUCCGCCUGGACAAAGUAGGUGAUUAUCGCCUCACACCGCAGGAUCGCAGCCCCGUCCAACCUGAAAGCAGACACUCCUUCUACCCAAUCCCAGAACAAACGCUUCAGGCCUCGCUUCAGGAGCUCAAGCUGGAGCUGAAGGACGACCUCAAGAACCUGAAUGUCCGAAUGUCUGGCCUGGAAGCGCAACUUAUGGAAGCACUUCAACUCCUCAAAGAGAGGAAACCAAGUGCUGGUUCUCCACAGCAUCUUUUUGACAUUUCUAGACCUGCUUCACCAGAACUGGACAAAGAAGAUAUCUUCUCUUGAAGGAUGUAAGAGGAAUUUUAUUCACCAGGUAACAGUAUAAUGGUUACUCAGCUGGACUCCAGUAAUAUCUGGAUUACUGGGGUGGCUGAGGCUGCAUUGGCCACACCUUUCAGAUUAGGUAACAGUGCAGCUUGUGUCCCACGUGUCCCUGUCGGCUCAAAAGGGACCCAGGUGUUGGGAAGUUCGAGGUCGUAGCGCACUUUUUGAAGACUGAACUCAGAGGGUACUUAAAGCUGACAGCUGUAUGUUUGUAUAUAAGUCUGAAUUAUUUUUCCAUGGGCACUUUACUGGAAAAAUAGCUUGAGGUGAUACUGAUUUAUUGCGACUUAAAUCUGUUUAUAUUAUUACAGAUUUUGAGGGAGUCUAAACAGGAGAGCGUAGUUGCAUCUCUGUUGGAUGCUCCACUGGAAACAGCAUGAUGCACUGGUUUGUUAUUGAAUCAUUUGUGUCUGAUUCUCUGCAUGUCACAUAAAGUAGAUGUGUGCCUCUGGAUGCAGAUGGUGCAUAUUUGAUUCACUGAGGCCACACAGUCAUUUGCAUUAUUUUACACUGACAGACAAUAAGGAAAGGCUUUACAGAUGUGGAAACUGUCUCAGAGUAAUUUCCUCAAGCAACUGAUGAACUCUUAUUAUUUCAACUGCCAGGUUCAUUAUGAAUUAUACAACAGAAAACUCUGGCCAAGCAGCCUGAUUUUCAAAGAAAUAUUUUAGCAGAGCCUCUAAUUUCCAUAAAACAUGGACCGAUAAGCUCGAUGAACAAUGGAAUAAGAUGCUAACUAGUGUGAUCAUGGAGUUUUCCAUCUUGGUUUCUACCAAAUAUUAAUUAUUCUCAUGAGUAAACACUACAGCCACAGUCAUAAUUUGUAUGAAAGCCGUGAAUUUUAGGCUUUGUUGACACAUAUGCAUCAACUUAUAUGGUGCAUACAUACAAGACGAAAUGACACUGUAUAUGAUUGUGACCCUAACAUGUUUUAAACAGACAUAAAUUGUCAUAUUUGUUUCUUCAGUAGCCAUAGAAGGUGGAUUUCCACAACUAAAUAGGUGGACCGGCCUUUAGAUACAGACACUUAGAUUUUUUGUUCAGAUUUUUGCUUCACAAAUGUUAGUUUUUCCACUUGAUGCAUCUGUUUGCAUAUUUUCAUAUGUCUUCACAUUUAGUCCAGAUGUAGAGAUGAGGCUGAAGUCACCGAGAGACUCAGCGAAGUGUUUACACUGCAGGUGAGCAUGAAUAAAUCCAUUUGUUGACAGUAUUCACAGGCAAUAUCAGUAUGACCACGAUAAUGUAAUGUCCGAUGUAGCAACAAAAAUAGAAGAAAAAUAUAAGGUCAUGUUUGUUUACUUAACAUAUGCUCUGAGGACAUUUCAUGAACAGGAGGAAUAGAGGAAAACACUGAUAAAUCCAUAAAAAAUAAAUGAUUAAAAUGUAUGCCUUCAGAAAAAGAUUUAGCAAAACAUGAGUUUUUUAAGCAAUAAUUUCACAUAUUUUAAAACCCAAGGUGUUUAUACAACAUGGACAAUUGAUGAAUUUAUUUUAUUUAAGGAUCAUCAGACAAACAAAAAUUUACAACCAUAACAUUUACUUCCCCAGAUGUUAAGCUGUAGAUGAUGAUAGAAAUUACAAUACAAUUAAAAAAUGUGCAGAUCAAUGAUAACAUCCAAACUAAAUCUAUUGCUAUCAGUAACAAGUGGUGCCAGGCAUAACAAACCCCGGCCCUCGCACUUAUUGUAGCUUAUUUUGGCAUCGAUCCAACUGAUG